AGCCGGGGCGGAGCGGGCCGAGCGGGCCGAGCCAGCAGCCGAGCUGGGGGCGCGGGCGGGCGGCAUGUACCGGGCCCGGGCGGCGCGGGCGGGGCCGGAGCCCGGCAGCCCGGGGCGCUUUGGGAUCCUCAGCACCGGGCAGCUCCGGGACCUGCUUCAGGACGAGCCCAAGCUGGACCGGAUUGUGCGGCUCAGCAGGAAGUUCCAGGGCCUGCAGCUGGAGCGCGAGGCAUGCCUGGCCUCAAACUAUGCGCUGGCCAAGGAGAACCUGGCCCUGCGGCCCCGCCUGGAGAUGGGCCGGGCUGCCCUGGCCAUCAAGUACCAGGAGCUGCGUGAGGUGGCUGAGAAUUGCGCAGACAAGCUGCAGCGACUGGAGGACAGCAUGCAUCGCUGGAGUCCCCACUGUGCGCUGGGCUGGCUGCAGGCUGAGCUGGAAGAAGCUGAGCAGGAGGCUGAGGAGCAGAUGGAGCAGCUGCUGCUGGGGGAGCAGAGCCUGGAGGCCUUCCUGCCUGCCUUCCAGCGGGGCCGCGCCCUCGCCCACCUGAGGCGGACCCAGGCAGAGAAGCUGCAGGAGCUGCUGCGGCGCCGGGAGCGCUCUGCCCAGCCAGCCCCCACUGCUGCUGCUGAUCCCCCCAAACCCUUCCCCGCUGCAGCCGUCCUGCCCACCGGAGCCGCGCGGGGGCCACCGGCAGUCCCCCGGAGCCUGCCCCCCUUGGACUCCCGCCCAGUGCCCCCACUGAAGGGCUCCCAGGGGUGCCCCCUUGGCCCAGCCCCUCUGCUGAGCCCUCGGCCCUCGCAGCCAGAGCCCCCCCACCGGUAGGAUUCAGGGUGCGGCCCCCCAGUGGGGGGGGCCCAGACAAACUUAAUGCGUGGCUCCUCCUCCUCCCCCACUGCCUGGGUGGGGGGAGGGGCAGGCCCCUCCCCCUGGCCUCAGGCGAACCCUGGCCCUGGCCCUGGAGGCUGAGCUGGGGAGGAGGGCCACCACAGGAUGCCCAGAGGGCUGGGGUGGGGUGGGCAGGGUGUUAUGCCUCUGGCGCUGAGGAAACUGCCUUUUCUGCCUCCCCGCUGGGGCCUCCUGGACGACGGGCCAGCCCCACGAGAGACCCUUACUCACCUACGGGGGCUUGGGAAGAUGCUGGCCUCCCCCAGGGGGGCCCUGUUGCACCCUACCACUCCCCUGGCCUCGCACAACACCAAGGUCAGUGAGGGUGUUUUCCAUCAUCUCCUGAGCUUACCUUUCCCCCAACUCUGGGCCACCACCUCGGAGCCAGGUGGUCAGGCCCUAGCUGAGGGGCCAGGGACACCAUGGCCCUGGGGCUGCUCCGGGCCCCAUCGGGCUCCAGAACCUGGGGCAAGGUAGGCCAGGGGCUUCUGAUCUGCGCAGGGGAGAGUGGGCCAUCCCCAGGAAAGACCAUUCUGUAUUUUUUGGUCCCGUCUCCUUAGAAUGGAAACUUUUUGAGGGCAGGUCCUUGUCUUUGUAUGUUUUGUCCCCAGCCCCGCCUCCCAGGGGCCGUCAAUAAAUGUGCUGAUGAGGAU